AUUGGUGAAAUAUGGGGGAGCAACUUAAACUAAUUGCUACAAAGCUUCCCGAUAAAGCGAAUGGUAUUCUUUUGGCUUCUCCAUUUAUAUUGCUAUUGUAUUUAACCACCAUUGACGAGGUACUGAUCGCCUGUAUAUUGUAAUGUGGUAGACACAAAACUAAAGUUUUUAAUGUUAUCUAUCCAUUUUUUACUUUCCAAUGAACGUUCCGAUACCGCACUCAUCUUUCAUGCACUAUUUAUAUUCAGUAAAACUACCUUUUUCAAAGUUCAGCAAAGUCAGGUCCAUCCAGAUCCAAGAGCUAGUAAACAUAACAGACAGACCAAAAUAAUACCCAGUCAAAACAAUAAUGGCUGAUAGUAGUGGUAAAGCAAUUGAAGAACUUAUGAAAAGACCCGGAAAUGAAAUAUGUGCAGAUUGUAGCACUAAAGAUCCAGAGUGGGCGUCAUAUAAUCUGGGGAUUUUUAUUUGUGCACGGUGCUCUGCCAUCCACCGUGGACUCGGAGCGCACAUCUCCAAGGUGAAACAUGUGAAGAUGGACAGAUGGGAGGCCAGUCAGCUGGAACGGAUGCGCGAGGUUGGCAACAGUGCUGCCAAGAUGAAGUACGAGUCUCGUGUACCAUCAUGCUACAGGAGGCCGGUGGAGGGAGACCCUCAACCUCUGCUGGAGGAAUGGAUCUGUGCCAAAUACCUAAGAGAGGAGUUCAACCGUCUGGAGCGGCCCAGCUUCAUGUCUGGCUCUCUGGAGGGGUUCCUGAUGAAGAGGGGCAAGGAGGAUGCUCGGUUCCACCCCCGCAAGUUCGUACUCGCUGGUGACACCAUCAGUUACUAUGUUAAAGAGCAGAACCGAGAGCCUAAAGCUGUGGUCAAGCUGGCAGAGCUGAAUGUUGCCUUCAUCCCGAAGAAGACAGGACACCCCAACAGCCUUCAGCUGACCUGGGUGAGGGGAGACGGGUCCACCCGGCACAUCUUUGUGUACCACGACGACCCGCAGACGAUCGUACACUGGUACAUGGCUAUCCGGUGUGCCAAGUUGCAUCGAUUACAGGUCGCCUACCCUUCGGCGCAGGAAGAUGAGCUGGUGGGACUGCUUACGCAAGACUUCAUCAAGGAAGGUUGGCUGUUCAAGACAGGACCUCGGCCCACUGACGCUUACAAGAAACGGUGGUUCACCCUUGACAACAGAAAGUUGAUGUAUCAUGAAGAUCCUCUGGAUGCACACCCCAAGGGGGAGGUGUUCUUGGGGCACAUGCUGGAGGGCUACAGCGUGCGAGUGGGCGUGGCUGCAGGCUUCAAGGACCAAGGUUUCUCAUUCCUCUUGAGCACUCCUGAGAGGCGCUACAACCUCUCUGCCCUCACUGCCCCUGACCGUGACCACUGGAUAUCCGUCAUCCAGGAUGUGCUACAACGGCCACUCACUCUGCAAGAGAAGACGAUGAGCAAAGGUCUGGUACGUAAGCGUGGAAUGUUCAACAACAAUCGGAGGUAACGAAUGAGGAAGAGAACUUAGACUGAAACUACUUUCAAGUCCUUAUCUUGCUCUUCAGUUUUAAUGUCAUCUCUGGCUUUCCCCUUAAUACCACAGCCUAUAAACAGUGUAAUAAUGUUGGGUUCACAUGCAGCUGAAGAUGUGUUCGGAACUUUUUUUAAUUUCUGCCAACGUAAGCUAAGAACAGAUUAGGAAAGGGAGAAAUAAGAGAGGGAAGGAUGGUUUGAAAGGCUUUGGCAGCCAAAACAUCUACCUCUUUUAAUUCACAUGAGAACUAGAAUUAACACGGACCUAAGCAUCUCUUAGUUUUCUAGUUUAUCAAUGAAUUAAUAUGCCACCUUCGGUUUAAUGAUUUGGUUUCAGGGUAUGAUUGUAUCCACAUGUUACUCUACUUGUGGAAAAUCUUGCGGGUCGGAAUGAAUAAGGUAAAAAGUAAUAUGGUAUUGAAUAGUUAAUAAUGUUUUCAUCUUGGUAACAUAAAGUUGACGCUCUGUGAAUUUUACAGUUGUACAGCCAACUUCCGAUUAUCUGGGCAGUGUUUAUCAUUGAUCAUCCAAAACUAUUUUAUUGUAGAAUAUUCAUAAGUGUAUUAUUGAACAGUAGCUUCAAAAUGUAUUAAGAACAAAGAUAGGAAACAAAAUUAAUUACUGCACAAAAUAGAUUUUGUUCUGACAAAUGAUCUGUGUUAAAUAUUUUAUUUUAUGUUGUUAUUGAGUCGAUGUUGUGCAAUGUUAUGUCCAAUGAAUAUUUACUUGCACAACUUAAACUCAAGAUCUGACACCUUAUGUUUGUGUGUACACUGGAUACAGUACUGUCUCCCUUUCAUGUGAUAUUUGCUUGACCAGUUUGUUCUUGUUAAUUUUCACUGAAUUAACGAAAACAUUGUUUGGAAAAACUAAAAAUAACAUAUAUGGAAGUACCUAACGAUGAUAAUUACUGUUGCGUAAUUAAAAUGAACAUUUAUAAUAAUUACAAGCAUAUUAACAAAUUUUUUAAUGUCUGACUUGUUCGAAAUGGUUAUUUAAGACGAAGAGCAUCGGUAUCAGUUCUGUCUUUCCUAGGUAUGAUCUAUAUAUCUCACUUCCCACUUACACAUUUAUUACUUCUUAAUUUUGUUAAGCCACUAUUUGUAUUUGCAGCCAGUGGUAUAGCUGGAGAAGAAUAUCAGAGUGUAAGAUGACGCAUUUAUCAGACGUAGAAUUGGCCCAAAAAUGCACGUAAGAACAAAUAAUUAAAUGUUGCUCUCUUUGUAAACACUCUGGACGUUCGAUCCAUCCAACCCCUGAAAGUUUAGUUCGGCUACGCCACUGCUUGCAAUAUGGUUGGUCCACCGCCAGAUAAUCAGCAGUUGGCUGUACUUUAAAUGACAUCUUGAAGUUUUUUUUUUACCUGAAGAGCACUCCUAAAUUUCCUCAGAGUACUGUGUGUUUUUUAGACACGUACAAGCUCAAUAAUGCAGAAGUAUAUGAUAUUAAAAAAAAUAAAUUAAAUGUAAUGAGACUUUAUUUCUGUGGCAUUCUUGGGAUGAAUGGUUUGACGGAAUACUCAUGUAAUACUCGCUAUAGAGAUAGACUUUUAACUCCCCCUUAUUUUCUCAACUUUAUCCAGUGAUCUAGUCUGACUAUUUGAAAUGGGCUACAUUUUUCCUAGAAUGUAUGGUUGCUUAGAUUAAUUUGGAGCUUGUAUUAAAUUUAAACGGCCAUUAAGCAGAUUUCUUUUACUACAGAAUUUGAUAAAAAAAUAUCAAAGUCACAAAAUGAAAGGAUUAAAGUUAUGGCAGUUAUGGAUUAAAGUUUUAUAUAUAUAUAUAUAUAUAUAUAUAUAUAUAUAUCCAUCCAUCCCAUAAUAUUUCCCAUAGUAUGUAUAUUUAUAUUAUGGGAAGAAACUGGUAAAUGGAUGGAGAGAAAAGGGCUGGUAACUAAAAUUAUUGACCUGUUUCAUGUGGGAUAGGUUAUAUAUGUAAUACUGUAUGGAUAUGGACACCGAUAAAAUGCGGUUGUAAUAAUGAAUAAAGGCUCGCAACCAUUUAUGAAUUGGUUAAGCCUCACCACAAAAGGUAGUUAAAUAUUUAGAUUUUAGGUUAAAAUGGGUGAACUUAGUAUUUAUUUCCUAAAAGUAGUUUAGUUAAUUUGAAAAGACAUGUUAUUCAUGUAUUAAUUGUUAUAAUCAAUAUUUAUAAAACUUAACGGAAUUGUAUUUAAGGGGUGUAAAGAUACGUGCUAACUAACUUCAAAUUACUUUAUAGAAAAUGAACAGAAACUUCCUAUAUAAAUAACAUAUCUUGUUAGUUACUGUGAUCAGUUUUAAAUGUUUCCAAACAAUUUUAAUGGGAAGAAACAGGGAAAGGGCUGGUAAAUAAAAUAUUGACCUGUUUCAUGUGGGAUAGGUUAUCUGACCCCUGCGGUUGGUAAAGUUCAUAUGGCUGCCUCAGGGAACUCUGGAUAUGAUACCUGUAGGGACUGAGACGUCAGGGUCAAAGUCCAAGAACUCUGCGGUAAAUGAUUGUGCUGAACAAAUGCACUCCAGAUACAUAGGUUGAGCUAUUUUGUAUAUGCUCUUGGUUUUGUCGUCUCAUUAUUAUUAAACAACUGCAUCUGUGGAACUCUGACUCAUAGUGAUCGGAAUAUGUACGGAACUGGUCCAAAGAACCAGAGUCCACUGAUGUAGUUCAGACAAUGACAUUUAUGUACUCUCUUCAUUCAAAACUGUUCAGUGAACAGUCAAGUACCGUACUCUAUUCCACCAGUUCUCUAUUGUUGUUUGUUAGGACAUUUAAAGUUCGCACAAUGUGCUCUUCUUGAACUGUACAAGCUUUUUAAAACUUUCCAAACAUCAUCAGGGAUGAUGAAAGCAUACAGUUUUUCCAAAGUUGCAAACAAUAAAUUGGAAAAAAAACUUGGAAGCAUGUGUUUUAACAGUGAAUUUAUCACUGAACCCCGAAGCGUGCAUAGUGAUCUCAACUUUUCAAAUGUUAUUUUACAAACAAAAAUAAAUAAAUAAAGAUGGUAAAGAUACAAAAAAGUAUUGCUGGGUAUUCAAAAAACAAUGUUCCAAAUUAGGUACAAGUCCCUAAUCAUCUACUGUGUUCCUGAUGCAACCUUCAAGUACUCACAUUUCCUUCGAGAAUAAAAGCACUUGUCCUUAAGGUAUAUGUGAGAGCUAUAACAACAUGGGCUUUGUCAAAGUUGUCAGCUAGAAGUUAAGGCAAGCUUCUGUACUAACCAGAGCUAUCUGAACUCCACUUCGAUUCAAUAAACAAGAGAUUGUUAGUUAAAUCUAAAGAAAGAAUUAUGUUUCUCACAUUUUGUCAAAGAGGGCUGUUGGCGUUUUUUUUUUUUUUUUGCAAGCAUAUCUCCCUCUUACUGCAACCCUGAGUAUCUGUCGUUGUGACGACCCGAGAUCUAAACAAUCCAUGUCAUCUUGAGUGUCUUGAUAAAGCUGAAGACGUCCCUAGGAGCUAACUCACCUCAGCAAGUUGUAUAAAUGCCCUGUGCAGGUGUAGACAUCUGAUAAGGGCAAUCGCGUCACAGUCAAGAAUGAUGUACAUUGACGUCUCUCUGGACUCCCUGCAGGAGCAACAUGUCUUUGACUCGGAAAUACCCAUCUUAAACAAGUGUUGGGUAGAGUACGAUAAGCGGACCCAGUUUUUUAUAAUGAUUAAUAUAAUCAUCGAUUCCUAACACUCUUGUCUCGAAUACUAGACUAUCAAUCAAUAUAAAAGUAUCUAUAGUCCUCAAUAACAAUCAUAUGUUUGAAAUCAAAAUAUGAAUUUAAUAUUUACAGUGAUGAUAGCAUAAAUAAUAAAUGAAUCAGAAUGAUCAACCAAAUUAUUAUAACAAAAAAAAGGAAAACUCAUAAAUAAUUAAGAAAAUAAACAUUUGGAAUAUAAAAAUAAAUGAUAACAAUAAUUAGAAUAGAAAAUGGCAACUUAUCGAACUAUGUUUUCUCCUAGGUAGUAACUGCUUUUAGGAAAUGGUUGAACGCCUCUUCAGAAAUCGUACCUCUCUUGUAUAUAAAUAUUCACAGAGAUGAUCUACGAGAAGGUCGGCUGGUAUACCACUUUUCAAACUGUGUUUUACGGCUCUCCACGAGCUUUUAACUGUCAGUGUUGGCACCAGUUGCUGGGUCUAAAAAGUUUUUGCUAUAGUUGACGGUAAAAUGGACCAAACCAUAGCCACUCAGUCUAAAAUAUGCUUUCCACAUGUCUGUUACUACGGUUGUUCCAGGCUUUACUUGUUUUAAUACGAGAGGAAUGAGGGUUUUUGCAUCUUGUUUGUUUUCAGGACAAAUCUCAAUUCUAUACCAACCUUCACGUUUUUGUCCUUCUGGUAUGGUUUCAAUUAAAUGUAAAAUCCAGGUUCCUUCUACCAACCUCCUUUUGUUAUAUUUUCAUUUUCCAAAAUUUUGCACUUGUCAAUUUUCACCACCACUCCAGGACCUACAAGCUUUUCUUCCCUAUUAAACUGUUUUAUCAACCCAUACAAAACAAACAUCCCUACAAAACGACAGUCAGUCAGAUAUUGUACUUCUUGAUGGACUGUGUAAAUCCGAACUACACUCAAGAAUUAAAAAGUCAUAGUUCGUCUGAUUUCUGGAAAAGAAGUACAUCAAACUCACAAUGUUGCACAGUCUAAACUUUGAUCCUUCAAAAAAACUAUUCUUCAGUGCAUUUUUACUAAAAUUAUAUCCACCAUUACCUUCUUUUUUGCAUCGGAAGACAACCAUAUUUGCAACUCUUACAGUUACAUUUGUUUCUUUCCCACAAAUUUCACAUAAUGGGUUUUUCAGUACUAGUCCAACAUGUUGAAGCCACGAAGAACGUGUCAUCAUAUUUUAAAGCAAUGUCGUAUAGUUUUCUAAAAUUGACUGCCAUUUUUUAAUAAUCAUGAGUCACUUAUGUAAUAUUCAAAUAUUACAUGUAUUGUCUGAAAGUGUUUACAGCUGUGGAUUAUUUAAGUUAAUUGUUCAACAUAAUUAAUCGGUAUUGAUUGAUUAUAUUGAUGGAUAUAAUUAAGUAAUAUCGUUUGCCAAUUUCAAUACAAAAAACCGGGUCCGCUUAUUGUACGCUACCCCAAUUGUUAGGUAAGCGGUCAAUGUCCAGUUAUCAGAUUAGAGAACAAGCUAAUGUUUGAUUUGUCUAUUAAUUUGGGGUCUGACAACUUUCACUUUCCACAAUACCUACCUGCACAUAUCAUGUUCCACUUGGAAACAUCAAAUCUACAGAUGAAAGACUUGCAUGUGGUUUGUCAACUAAAAGCAUAUAGCAGCAAGGAUUCCACAUAUGGGACAUUUUCAGUUUCAUUUACUUUGAGUGAAUAUUACUUUAAAACUUAAUAACAACGUGGAUUUCUUAUUAAGGGUGCAACACGGUCACUGAAGCUUUUUCAAACUUAAUAAACAAAACAAAAAAAGGGACAACCCUUAAAUUUCUUUUACAAAUACAAUCCGGACCAUACAAAUGGUUCAUUAAUAUGCAGGAUGUUUAAUAAAGAAUUACUGAUUUUAAAACUCUAAUACGUGAUGCAAACGUAUUAGAAAAUUGGGUCAAAUUUUAAAAUACUCUCAGAAUUUUAAGUUUUAGGUAUCCUGUUAGAAAUGCUCUCUGUUUUAUCACCAGCAGCACAGUAAAAAAUCUAAACAAUAGCGAAAUUUGAUUAACUGUACUUUACAUGUCUAAAUAACAGAGGUCACCGAAGUUCAUACUUGCAGCUUGUGUUACGACGAAUAAAAAGACUGUUUCACCUAUCCAAAGGGAAAAUUCAUAGGCAAGUCUAGAGAUUUUGAAGGCCAUGCAUGUGGUUUAAUGCUCAUAAUCACAUGUGUCCUAUCCAGCAUUGAGGCAGUGUGUCGUUGAGGCUCCAUCCAGUUGGAGUCAUUUUUUGGUUUUGGGAAAACCCAAGUCUGCAACAUUCGAAGGUGGCUUGUUUCCACUACUAUCUGUACAAGUAAUGACCAAAACACAUUCAUUUUUUACGACGCUCUUUCAUGCGCAACGAGUUUGUAUGCUUUCUCAGUUGUUUCCAUACGUAACACUGUAUAUCAGGUUACGUUUACAAAAAAUGUAUUCUUGGCACGAAAGCAAUUGUGGUAAAAAUCUAGUCUUCCAUGUCCUCUAACAGCGUUCCUGCAAUCAACACAUUUCCUGUUAUAACCCAUCCAAAGUGCUUUCACUAAUUGUAAUAUGUAAGGUUUAUAGUGCAAAUUAUGCUUUAAAACUCUGCAGAUGUUACGCACACUCAGCGGGUGUUUUCUUCAUGGUUUCCACUUCAUUGACUAAAUCCUUUUUCAUGAGUAGGAGGUCAGGCUGGACUUUUAACUUUGGACAAAAUCCUGCUUCUUCAAAUUAGUGAAAUCAAUAACAAAUGUUCUGUGGUAAAGGUAUAUCAAUCCCAAAAUGCAGAUGAGAAGCAGGCUUGACGGAAAAUCAUUGACUUGCUCUUGGUGAACUGCAGAACAUAAAUGGCUUCCAUGGAGCGAACUCCAUUUUGCUUCUGAGAACAUAAACUUUAUGUGAACAAGGAUUUAAUGGCAGUUUCUAAAUCUAUGCCACUCAUUCAAGCAAAACACAUUUUUUGACCAUCCCAUAUUUUGUAGUUAUUAAAAUUUAAAAUUAGGUUAAUCUUAUUAAAAUAACUCUGUAUUUAUAAAUAUUUUUAAAUGUAUAACUAAAAGUUUUACUUCAAAUCUCUAUAAUCAAAUUUGUAAAAUAGUUUGAAAGUGUAUUAAAAAGUAUAAAACUGGGAUAAGUGCAGACAUUUGGUUGGUUAGUUUCAAAUUGAAGAUUUUAGAAGUAUAGUACUAAAAUUUCUAACUGGAUUCAAGUUUGGUAACACUCAAUUAGCCAAAAUUUUGUCCGUUUGUUAAACUACAAAAUUACAUUUUUAAGGAAUUGCUUCUAGAAUGCUAUUACAGAGAAAACUUAUUCUUUGUAUUGGAAAAAACUAAAAAUUGGCUAAAAUGUGUUUACUCACUAUUUAUAUCUAUUGUCACUGCAAUGUUACCUGUUUCUAGUUCUUUGUAUAAUUUAUUGUACUAUUAAUUGUAUCCUUAGAUUAAGCGUUAUUUAUUGACUGGGUUUAAACACAGUUAUUUUGUGGGUAGUCAGCAUGUUGCGGACAUUAAAUUAUCGUACAUAUGUGUGUAUUACAAUAUUGUAUAUAAUUUAUGGAAAUCUUUUAGUGAUGUAAGUGUUCAUUGGUAAUCCAAGUUAUUUACAGGAACUGGGUAAAUGUUAUCAGUAAGUUCUUGGUUAAGGAAUUAUAAAUCAUUAAGUAUUUCAAAGUACUAUCUUUGUUGUUAUAUAGCUACUGAUGUCUUGUACAUUGUAAUUGUUAAUUUAAAAUCUGCUUUACAUACAUAGAUAAUUAGCUAAUUAAAACUUAUUUGAUAUGCCCCUUUCAGAUUACAAAAAAUUAAUAGUUAUCCUUAUCUACGUCAAAUCCAAAAACAACUGAAAAGGCGUCACUAGUGAUUUGUUUCAGAGAUAAAACUACACUAAAAAAUCUGCUGAAUGGUUCUGUUAUUUUAGUUAAAGUUGCUCAAAACAAAAGACAAAACAAUGACCCAGUUCACACAGACGUAUUAAAACUAUGUAGGCCUACAUUUACACGAAACAAAAGCAAACUGCAACAUUAACAGUUAUUGUUGCACCAACGCAUUCUGUCUUCUGACUCUUGGCCACACAAUAAAGAAGUUUAAAACAACAAAAAACAUUAAAUAAUAACUUUUUUCUACAUAAUUUGCCUAUUGAAGAAUAAUAAUAACUGACAACUUAAAAUUACAAAUAAAAUAAAUGGGAGAAAAAUAGUUCACUCCAUUUGUUUAAUAAAAUAAUUGUUUUAUUAUAACUAUUAAUUUGAUUUUCACAGAUUAUUUACUGGAUUUAGUGUCUUUUUUAAGCAUUAAAUGAGGCAUCACAAUCUACAAAAUAUCAUGGAAAAAUAGAAAAUCUAAAAUUAAGGCAGAUUAAAAUUUAACAAAUCAAAAUCAUAACCUCACUAUGAAUCAAAUAAAAAAUACCUUUGUAAUAUAAAUAAAAUAAGGACACAUGGAAGUAAUUUAAAAAAAAUUAAAAAGUAUAAUUUUGCAGGGAAUGAGCAAAAAUGUAGACUAAAUUGCGAUCUCAUUUAACAGUUUUGUAGUAUUGCAGAAGCUUGAAAAUGAUAUGCCACACGUUAUAUGUUACGAUUUAAGAACUUUGAGAAGAUUGUAUGAACACAAUAUGUCGAAAAUCAAACAAAAUUAAUGUAGUUUAUGUACUAGAGUAGAUAAACUGUUGUUGGAUAAUAAAGAAAGGGAACGAUUAUUUUGAAUAUUCUAAAUUAAGUUGUAAGAUUUGUAUUAUGUAAUCAUUACGCACACAUCAUAGAAUAAUUAAAGAUGAGCCAUCUAUACUGGCACAACCUCUAAUCUAGAAGCUGACUGCCCAGCCUGAGAUCUGUCCUGCUCAAGACUACAAUGUUAUGUAGGUUAGUCGUUGACUAGAGCAAUAUCAUUGUUAACCUGACUUUUGUGUAUAUUUAUAAAAAGAUUCAUUUUACUUAUAAAUAUAAUUAUGUUGAAUUUGUA